GGUCAUCUGGCCCAACCUCCUGCUCAAAGCAUGUUCAACUAGAUCAGGUGCAAGAUGUCUGCCCUGAGGCUGAUUUCUAACAGAACCUCCCAGCAGGCCUUGUCUAACUCUGAUUACACCUGGGAGUACGAGUACUAUGAGUAUGGACCAGUGUCUUUUGAAGGCCUGAAGGCUCAUAAAUAUUCCAUUGUGAUUGGAUUUUGGGUUGGUCUUGCAGUUUUUGUCAUCUUCAUGUUUUUUGUCCUGACCCUGCUGACGAAGACAGGAACACCACAUCAAGACAAUGCAGAAACUUCUGAAAAAAGAUUUCGCAUGAAUAGCUUUGUGGCAGAUUUUGGAAGACCUCUAGAAUCAGAGAGGGUCUUUUCUCGUCAAAUAGCUGAAGAAUCCCGGUCACUUUUCCAUUUCAGUAUUAAUGAAGCGGAACAUUUGGACAAAGCAAAACAAAGUCGGAAAGGUCCAGGUCGGGAAAGUAAUAUCCACUUCCAGGAAGUUCCCAGGAGCAGUGGAAUGUUUGAGGAGGACCUAAAUUGUCUUACAAAAUUUAACAUUCCUAACUUUGUGAACACUGAGCAGAACUCUUCACUAGGUGAGGAUGACCUCCUCAUCUCAGAGCCACCAAUCAUUUUAGAAAGCAAAUCGGUCAUGCAAUCUUCCCAUCGGAUCCUUGACUGAAAAGUCUUUUACUUUAAGGUAAACAUUCCCAUUAUUGUCCAGUUUGAAGCCUUUCUUGGCCUUCUGGUAUUUUCAUAGAGAAGGUAUUUCAGACCUAUGCUUUUUAUUGUAUGUAAGACUGGCUGUGCUGACAGAACUGUUCAGACAAGAAGUAAAACACUGAAUACUUUA